AUGGAUGCAAAUUCGGUUUCUUUAGAUGUUACUGCCAACUCUGAAUUAAACGCUAGCAAUAGUUGUAGUGACUUGAAGGUUGAAGUUGUUGAACCCGUUGCAAGUUCAGUUUCCAUAAGUAUCACUGAAUUAAAUGUUGAAAAUAACACUGAAACUAACAAUAGCGACAAGAAGGUCGUAACUGACUUGGAAGAUGACAAAAUUGAAAUUAUUAAACCUACCACGAAUUCAAUCUCUAACGUUGUCGAUAACAUUGAAACUGGCUAUAGUGACACUGAAGAUUAUAAUAAUUCCUUAGAAAAGCUGAUACAAAUGAUAUAUUCUAAUGAAGAUACACCUCCCACCAAAUUAGAAUGCAUGAAUCUUAUUAUGCCAGAACUAACUGAAGAAGUGUCUGAGAAAUUCUUAGGCAAACUCUUCGAAUUGGAAAACAUUAAUCCUGAAGAGAUAGUUUAUUCGGCGUUUCCAUGUAAACGUAAUAUUUGGGAACGAAAAAAUAAAAGACACUUUCCUAUAAUUAAAUAUAAAUUUAAUUUAUCAUUAAGUCGAAUACGCAAGUUGGGACUGGAAAUUGAAUCCACAAAACACUUUAAUCAACACCUCAUAAUUAAAGGACAAACUGUCAAAAUUUUAUCUUAUGAUUUGCCAACAGAACAAUUCAUUUUGGUUUAUCAAUAUAAUCGACUCGCUCGAUUGUAUGGCAUUCAGACUGUCGGUUUAGAAAUAAUGAAGUCAUAUUUGUUCUUAUUAAACGAUAGUGAAUCUAGAGAUAUUAUAGUUAAACGUAAUAUUUGGAUGCCUAACGAUGCAAUGAAAACCAGAACUGUUUUUAUCAAGAAUUGGACUAAAG